AUGUCGCGCGUUGCACUUAUUACUGGAAUCACCGGGCAGGACGGAGCCUAUCUCGCCAAGUUCCUGCUCGCCAAAGGCUACACCGUUCAUGGAAUGGUUCGUCGUGGCAGUACUUUGCCAUUUGAGCGAAUUGCUGAUUUGACGGAUAAGAUCGAAUUGCAUCAAGGCGACUUGCUCGAUCAGAUGGCCCUCAAUCGAUUGCUUGAACAUGUUCAGCCGACCGAGGUCUACAAUUUAGCUGCCCAAAGCUUCGUCCCGACCAGCUUCGAUCAGCCAAUCCUGACCGGCGAAGUUACCGCAUUGGGGGUAACGCGAAUUCUGGAAGCGGUUCGGACGGUCGAUACGAACAUUCGUUUUUACCAGGCAUCUAGUAGUGAGAUGUUUGGGAAGGUUUGCGAGGAGCCUCAGGACGAAAACACGCCGUUUUGGCCGCGAAGUCCUUAUGGCGUCUCCAAGAUGUACGGUCACUGGAUGACAGUGAAUUAUCGUGAGAGCUACGAUCUAUUCGCGUGCAGUGGUAUUUUGUUCAAUCAUGAGUCGCCCUUGCGAGGGUUAGAGUUUGUGACUCGCAAGGUUACCAAUGCUGUCGCCAAGAUCGCUCAGGGCGAGCAGAAAGAGCUUCGUCUUGGGAAUCUUGAUGCCGAAAGAGAUUGGGGAUUCGCUGGCGACUACGUCGAAGCGAUGUGGUUGAUGCUGCAAGCCAAGCAUCCCAACGAUUACGUUAUCGCAACCGGAAUCAAACACACUGUCCGCGAAUUGUGCCAAGUCGCCUUCGAGCAUGUUGGGCUCGACUGGGAAAAGUAUGUUGUCGUUGAUGAGCGAUUCUAUCGACCCGCGGACGUGAAUACACUCUGCGGUGAUGCCACUAAAGCUCGUGAUGAACUCGGUUGGAAGCCGAAGACAAGCUUCCAAGAGCUCGUCCAUAUGAUGGUCGACACCGAUAUGCAACGUGCGCUGGUCACCGGUAUCAAUGGUUUUGUCGGUCAGCACUUGGCGGCUUACUUGCGGUCGUGCGGCGAUGAGGUUUGUGGUACCUACGUUGGAAGCCAGCCAUCUACACCCACCGACCUGAAGUGGGAAAUUUCUCAGCCUGCGACACCUUCGAUUAUCGACACGCUUAAGUCGUUUGCUCCCGAUGUGAUUUACCAUCUCGCAGCGAUAAGCCACCCCGGCAGUUGCGGAGAUGACUUACCGACCGAGCAGUGCAAAGCCGUUAACAUUCUUGGGACGCGACACGUCGCAGAGCUGGCAUUGGCGUUGCCUUCAGAGCCUAAGAUUUUGUUCAUCAGCAGCAGCAAAGUGUACGGCAGCAGAACCGCCGAUCAGCCAUGGGCUAAGGAGGAUGACGUUCUGCAGCCGAAGGGUGGCUACGCUCACAGUAAGUGGGCGGCAGAGAAUCUGUUGCGGGAUCGAAUUUCCGACGGGCUGAAAGUUAUUAUCGCUCGGGCAUUUAACCAUACUGGCCCCAAUCAGAGCUCUAUCUAUUUGGUCCCAGAAUGGUGCCAGAAAGUGGCGUCCGCUGAAGGACCUCAAGUGGUUCGCUCGCUGAACACGUCACUUGACUUGAGCGACGUACGAGACGUUGUCCGCAUCUAUCGGAUGCUCGUCGAGAAGGCUCCGCUAGGUGAAACGUUUAACGUAGGCAGCGGGCAACCGGUCACGACGGCCGACAUUUGGGACACACUUUGUGCGAUUCGUGGACAAGUGGUCGAAGUCUCGGCGGAAAAGCUGGAAGCAUCUCAGCAGCCGAUUGCUGACGUGACUAAGUUGCAUGAAGCGAUUGGGCCACUUCAGCGAAUUUCACUUCGGGAGACGUUGGAAGGCGUUUAUCGCAGCGUGAAGGCAGCAGGCUAA